GGAAAGCGGAUCAGGUGAAGAGGGCGCCUCUGGCAGGCAGCAGCUCUGGGCUUGUCAGAGCUGAGGACAUUGCUUUGCGCUCCUAGAAAGACAGGUUUUCCAGUGUACGCAUCGUUGCGCUGAGGAGCUUUGAUUGAAGAUUUUAGAUUGGUGCAGGCUGUUCCAAUCCAGAUCCGCCAGCUGACAGAUCGAAAGCUGUUUCGGAUCAGAUCUGUGUAGCUUUGGAAGCUCAGAGAGAGCCGGUGGCAGAUCAGGGAAGAUUUUCAUCUUGAGAGAGGAGGUGCGGCCAUGGGGGGCGACAACACCCCUCUGUCAAACACCCUGGCCUCGGUCCUGGACAACCUUUCGACCACUAGCUCUGGUACGCUGUUUGGUAUUGUGGCUGCCACGGGCAUUGUUGCUGCCACUGGUUUUGCGCUCACAUUCGGGCAGGCAGAGGUUAAAGGGAAGGCUGCAACUGAGCUUUUGAAGGGGACGUCCCUAAGGGAAGAUGAGGUGAAGGAGCACUGGGAGGAGUACGACAAGUAUUUCCAGCAGAAUGCAGGCGAGGGUGUGGACGAGAAGCAGAAGGCGCCAAAGCUGGUUGAUACCUUCUACAACCUUGUGACAGAUAUUUACGAGUGGGGCUGGGGCCAGAGCUUCCACUUCUCUCCAGCCAUUCCGGGGAAGAGCCAUAAAGAUGCCACUCGUGCUCAUGAGACCAUGAUUGCUGAUCUGCUGGAGCUCAAGCCAGGCCAGAAGGUGUUGGAUGUUGGGUGCGGGGUGGGAGGUCCGAUGCGUGCCGUUGCAUCCUACUCUCAGGCGCACGUCACAGGGAUCACAAUCAAUGACUAUCAGGUUAAGCGGGCGCUGCACCACAACGAAAAGGCGGGGCUCAAGGACCUGUGCACAGUGGUUCAGGGGAAUUUCCUGCACAUGCCGUUCGAGAAGGAGAGCUUUGACGCCGCCUAUUCGUGCGAGGCCACCUGCCACGCCCCAAAGCUGACCGACGUGUACAAGGAGAUCUUCGGGAUGCUCAAGCCUGGUGGCCUCUACGUCUCAUACGAGUGGGUCAAGACCCCCAAGUACGACAAGCUGAACCCCGAGCACGUGCGCAUCGUGGACGCGAUCUGCUACGGCGACGCGCUUCCCGAGAUGCGCACGUACCUGGAGAUCGUGGAUGCUGCGAAGGAGGUCGGCUUCGAGGUGGUGGAAGAGAGGGACCUUGCCCUGCCCCCCGCGGGGCCGUGGUGGAAGCGGCUCAAGAUGGGGCGCCUCGCAUACUACAGGAACCACGUGAUUGUGAGCAUACUGUCCUUCCUUGGGCUGGCUCCCGCCGGCACGACCGAGGUCCAUGAGAUGCUCUACAAGACGGCAAUCUCCCUGGUGGAGGGAGGCGAGACAGGGGUCUUCACCCCCAUGCACCUAUUGCUUUGCCGGAAGCCGGAGACACAAGAAACACCGGCGGUGGCUGCCUCGGCAUAGAUUGUUGGGAUUGCAUUGGCGUGAUAUGUCCAAUGUUUAUGGACGCGGCGCACCGAUCUGAAAGGCUUUAUGUUGGGGACGUCAACUGGUGGACUGGGGCCAUUGAGAAGGCAGUAGGUCAACUAAUGUAGGGAAUCGAGAUAGGCCGGGUGAUAGUUUGUAGGGUAUUGUGUUGGCCGCAUUUGAUUGAGUUUCUUUUUUAGUACGAUUUACCUUAAAACGUACUUUCGGAAUCCAGUGACAGGAUCGCGGCAGAGGUUGGCAGGCCCCUCGUUACUUUGCAAAGAGAUGUUGCCUAUCAUGAAGGCAGUUGGGGGCAAGAGCGGAUUCUUAUAGAACCAUUGACUAUUUGUCGAAGAACCAACUUCGCAUAGAGGGGAAGAAUAGGCUUAUAUCGCUGCCAGAGAGCACAUCUAGAUAUUGCAUGUGCAUGCGAAACAAGCAGGGUUGUCCUUCAACGAUGAUCAAAAACCC